AUGGUAAUAUCUCGGAGAGCUCUCCCUCGUACUCCCAAGGUCACUGGUGGCCUAUGUCGACUUCGCCUUUGGCAGGACCAUUGGCAGUUCUCCAAGCCGACGGGACGUUGUAACGGUCUCUCCAGGACGAGGACCGCAACAUUGGCUGGUACUGGUUUACCGUGCCGUAUGUACGAAGCACCUGCACCAAACCUACGGAGCUUGACUCCGGUCUAUCUCGCUCUCCACAUCGUCGGAGGCCAUAUGGCUUUGCCGAUUCUUGUCUUCAUCUACUUAGUAUCAAAGAAAGUCCGAGCCCACCGCCAUCCAACCGUCGUCAAUUUUUGCGUAACAUGGAUAAUUUAUUCUGUCACGUAUUGUCUGUUAGCCUAUGGCGGCAAUAAUUACGAUGAAAUACCCCCUGAACGAUUAUGCAUUGUGCAAGCCGCCAUGAUAUACGGCGCCCCAUCAAUGGCGGUCGUCGCUGGUCUGAUCCUUGUCCUCUACCUUUGGGAUACAUUCCACGGACACUGGAAAUUCCUAAACGUGAGCAAAAUACCCUAUAGCGUGCAAUUGAUCAUGAUUAUCUCGCCUCCAUACAUUGUGUUCUUUUCGUUCUUCGCUAGUGCGGCUUAUCUGGGCAUCACGCAACCCGAGAAAGUUAGCGCAGAGAACGGGCUUUAUUGCACGUUACGAACAGGAGACUUUCGUCCUUACGUUGGCCCGGUCUUCUGUGGUACUGUCAUGAUGAUUAUCAUGGUGUUUCAGCUGACGAUUCUAGUCCGGUACUGCAUAGGGCUGCGUCGGAUGAAGCAUCUGUUUCCCCUCGCAGACGUCAAAAGGCCAUCUCUUUCACCCUGGAUCCGAGCGAUAAUCUUUAUGUUUUAUUCAUGGGUGACGUUUGGAGCAUGCAUGUCCUUCUUAAUGGACUACCCCACUGCUUUCCCAUACAUUUCUCAAGCAGCUUUGCCGCUCGUAGCCUUUCUCGUCUUUGGGACUCACAAAGAUGUAUUUCUUGUACUUUGUUGUCGCCGGGAGAAGAAGAAAUGGGAAACAGACUCAAUAUCGGACACCCACUCGGGAGGAACGCGGUCCACGUCACCAGUGGACCCAACGUCUUUCGAUGCGAUGGAUCAGCUCAGCCCAAUUCUUGCACCUGUGCCUGCGAUGGAACAACGAAUUGCCGCAGCUGUGUAA